CAUAUGCUAGCAGAUGCACUUGUCCAUCCAAGUCCGCUUUCCCCGGGUGCAUUCUGCGUGAUCCCCAAGCCAGUGACACCGGUUGCACCAGAAGAUCUCCAAGCUGCCGGGCAGCGGUGCCCCGUCCCUUCCUGGAGUGGGUGUGGCACCGCGUGACCUCACAGCGUGGGGUUCUUGGUGAGAACGCUCCAGCCACAGACGUCGUGUUCCCGCGAUUUUUAAGUUUCGUUUCCAACCGCGCCAGCUAGUUCCUGCUCCCGCAGCUUCUCCUCCACCCCCGAAGUCCACUCUUCGAUCCAGGAGCAGUGACCGCCAGCCAUGGACCCUCGGAGCUCAAAGACGACGCCAGCAGCUUCGAAGGCCGAAGCCGCCACCCCCAAGGUUUCCGCGCGAAGUGCGAGGGGUGCCCAGCCCGAGUCCAGCGAGUCUCCAGCUGCUCCCAAGGCCGCCAGGCCCAAAGCGGGGAGCCGCGGCCGCGCCAGAGAGCCGGGGUCCCGGCAGAACAGCAUCCGUGGUCCCCAGGAGACGCCCGGGGCCAGCGCGCUGGGGGCCCGUCCCAAGAAAGCGUCUGUGCGCGCCGCCGCUGCGGAGGAUCGGCGGGGGCGGGGCGGGGGGGGGCGGCCGGUGGGCCGCCGGGACAUCUCCGCGGCGGCCGAGGUCGUGAACAGUGUGGUGGGCCACAUCCUGCAGAGACUGAAGAACUUCGACUCCGAGUUCAAAGGAGUCGAGCUGCUGCGCACGGGGAGCUACUACGAGCACGUGAAGAUUUCUGCACCGAAUGAAUUUGAUGUCAUGUUUAAACUGGAAGUUCCCAGGCUUCAGCUAGAAGAAUAUUGCAACAGUGGUGCUCAUUACUUUGUGAAGUUCAAGAGAAAUCCCAAAGGAAAUCCUCUGAGUCAGUUCUUAGAAAAUGAAGUAUUAUCAGCUUCUAAGAUGCUGUUGAAGUUUAGAAAAAUCAUCAAGGAAGAGAUGAAAAAAAUUAAUGAUGCAGACGUCACUUUGGAGAAGAAGGAAAGAGGAAGCCCUGCCGUAAAACUUUGUAUUAAAAAACAUGAAGAAAUAUUCGUGGAUAUUAUUUUGGCUUUGGAAUCAAAAAGUAGCUGGCCUGCUAGCACCAACGAAGGCCUGCCCAUCCAAAACUGGCUUGGCACAAAAGUCAGACAGGAGCUGAGACGACAGCCAUUUUACCUCAUACCCAAGCACGCAAAGGAAGGAAGUGGUUUUCAAAAAGAAACAUGGCGACUAUCUUUCUCUCACAUUGAAAAGGACAUUUUGAAAAAGCAUGGCCAAUGUAAAACAUGCUGUGAGACUGACGGAGCGAAAUGUUGCAGGAAAGAUUGUUUAAAACUAAUGAAAUACCUUUUAGAACAGCUGAAGAAGAAGAACCAAAAGGAACUGGAUAAAUUUCAUUCUUACCAUGUGAAAACUGCCUUUUUUCACACAUGUACCGAGAACCCACAUGAUGAAGACUGGCUUCCCAAAAAUCUGAACCUCUGCUUUGACAACUGUGUGACGUAUUUUCUGAAGUGCCUAACCAAGGAACAACUUGAGCAUUAUUUUAUUCCUGGAGUUAAUCUAUUCUCACGAGACAAAAUUAACAAAAUAAAUAAAGAAUUUCUGUUAAAGCAAAUUGAAUAUCAAAGAAACAAUGGAUUUCCAGUUUUUGAUGAAGAUGAUGUUUUAAAAAAGAAGAAUUAGAGUGACUUAAUAAUUGUAAUGUUUUAAAUUUGUUACAGCAAUGACUGACUAAAAUGAAUGUAAUAUUCAGUUCUUGAUGUGUUAUAAUAAGUUCUAAUCAGUAUUUUAGGAGAGUUUAGUCCAGAAAUAAGAAGCAAAGUGAGUAUAAAAUUUAAAGACCUGGGGCUGGCUGGUGGCAUGGUGGUUUAAGGGCACUGGACUCCCACAUGGCUGACUGUGGUUUGAGUCCCGGAUCUGGCAGUUUGCUUUUUCACU